AUGCUUUUAUCCAAAACUAUCUUAGCAUCAAUCUUACUUUCAUUAAUCACAUCAACUCAAGCAGUCCCAUUAUUGAAAAGAGAAGAUUCUCCAGUUCCAAAAAAUGCUAGUUUACCAACAGUUAAAAUCUUUGGUACAGGUGGUACAAUUGCAUCGAGAGGUGGUUCAGGUUCACAAACUGCUGGUUAUGAAUUAGGUUUAACAGUUGCUGAUCUAGUUGAAUCGAUUCCUGAUCUAGCAAAAGCUGCAAAUAUUGAAUUUCUUCAAGUUUCAAAUGUUGGUUCAAGUUCAGUUAAUUAUACUCAUUUAAUUCCAUUAUAUCAUAAUGUUUCCCAAUCUUUAUUAAAUGAUGAAAUUGAUGGUGCUGUUGUUACUCAUGGUACUGAUACUUUAGAAGAAACUGCCUUCUUUUUAGAUUUAACCAUCAAAACUGAAAAACCUAUCUGUGUUGUUGGUGCAAUGAGACCCGCAACUGCCAUUUCUGCAGAUGGUUCAAUGAAUUUAUAUCAAGCUGUUAGUAUUGCAGGCUCUGAAGAGGCUAAAGGUCGUGGUACUUUAAUUCCUUUCAAUGAUCGUAUAAAUUCUGCUUUUUGGGCAACAAAGACAAAUGCCAAUACAGUUGAUACUUUUAAAGCUGUGGAACAAGGGUUUUUGGGUACUUUUUUGAAUAAUGAUGUUGAAUUUUUUUUCCCACCAGUUAGGCCAAAUGGUUAUCAUUAUUUUGAUAUUUCAAAUGUUACAGAUGCUUCACAAAUCCCAGAAGUUGUUAUUUUGUAUUCUUACCAAGGUUUAGAUCCUGAAUUGGUUCGUUAUGCAGUUGAGGAAAGAGGUGCUAAAGGUAUUGUUUUAGCAGGUUCCGGUGCUGGUAGUUGGACUGCAACUGGUUAUACCGUUUUAGAAGAAUUGAUGGCCAAAUAUAACAUUCCAAUUGUUAGAUCAAGAAGAACAAUGGAUGGUUCAGUCCCAGUCACUGCUCCAUUGAAGGAAUAUAUCUCAUCUGGUUAUUUGAAUCCUCAAAAAUCAAGAAUCAUGUUACAAUUGUGUUUGUACUCUGGUUAUAACGAAGAACAAAUUAGAAGUGUUUUCAGUGGGGUAUACGGUGGUUAA